AUGUCGGAUGCCAAAAAUUACACCAUUUUACCUAUCAUUUACCUUAAGUCGUGGUACAGCGGCUGGUGGGGAUGCCAGAAGGAGAUAGAGUACAGACGCAAGCCCGACCCCAUUCACCACUACGCCCUCGCUGUUGCAUCUCUCCUGGUGAUCCUGAUUGCAGCUCUGGUGGCCACGGCGCUUCCCGCGAGGUUAUGGCAGUUGUGGAUCGCCGUGGCCCUGUGCGCGGGCGUCGUCCUCCUGGUGGCCCAGUGGUCGUGGUCGUGUGGCCGUAAGACCGUCAUACGCAAGUGGUGGGCCAGAAUUGUCACGUCUGCCUGCGUGGUGAUUGCUGGCACACUCCUGGCCUUGUCGUGGAUAGUUGUUCCAGAAUCAGCCGGAGAGCAAAUGACGAUCGAACCGCAGCCUGUCAACGUGAACACUUCCCUGCCAAUCCUGACGCCGCCUGAACGUGUUCUGCAGAACGCUGAGCUAUGGGUAUGGGCGUCCCUGAUCUCCGUCGGCGUGGCGGCUGUCUUCCCCCGCAUCGGCGCCCUCACUAAGCUCUUCGUCAUGAUGUCAGUCACGGGCGCCCACGUCUUCGCCUUCUUGCACUCCGAGAACCACCUCCUGCUGCCGUUCCUGACGCAUACGUACAUGAACUUGCCCGGCGUCUCGUGGUGGGCUGUGAUGGGCGUCCAAGCUAUGAUGCUGAUGGGCGUCCUCGGCGUGCUGGGCGGCCAGAGCGAGGCAAGGGCGCGGGCACAGCACACGUGGGCGUACCAAGUUAUGGAAGAACAGGAAAAAGUGGACCGAAUGAAGAAUGUUAACAAGAUACUCCUCGAGAACAUCCUGCCGGUGCAUCUGGUGGAUCGGUUUAUCUGCGAUACGCCCAAGGAACUCUACCACGAACGAUACAGCAGCGUAGGUGUCAUGUUCGCCUCUAUCCCCAACUACAAGGAGUUUUAUGAUGAAACUGACGUCAACAAACAGGGCCUCGAGUGUUUACGUUUGCUGAAUGAGAUUAUUUACGAUUAUGAUGAGCUGUUGGCGAAGCCGAAAUUUAGCGUCAUAGAAAAAAUCAAGACCAUCGGUAGCACGUACAUGGUGGCAGCUGGUCUUCAUCCGGGCAAGGAGAAUGCGAGAGACAGGACAGAAUACUGUUUAGUUCUGCUCGUGGAGUUUGCGUUGGCCAUGGCGGCUGCGCUUGACUCCAUUAACAGGGAGAGUUUUCAGAACUUCAAACUACGCGUUGGCCUAGCACACGGUCCCGUCAUCGCUGGUGUCGUGGGCGCUCAGAAGCCGCAGUACGACAUCUGGGGGAACACUGUGAACGUUGCCUCGAGAAUGGAUUCCACCGGCGUCAUGGGUAGAAUACAGGUAACUGAGGAGACGGCAGCCAUCUUCCAAGGAGCCGGCUGGAAGUGCGAGUGCCGCGGGCCGCGCGCCAUCAAGGGCAAAGGCACUUUGGUUACCUACCUGGUGACGACACCCCAGGACCCGCCCGCUUCGGAGCUCCGUAACGCAGCUUCCGCCUACGCCCUGAGACCUGAAGAAGGUGCUCUGCUCCGCCGACCCACAGCUGCGUCAGUCAGAGACGUGCUCACUGUAGGAUCAAACCCCCUUCCUCCAAGGCCUGCCCAGAAGGACCCUUCUCCUGCUCCUGCAGGAGGAUCGGGUGCCAGCGCUCAGAGGGCGUCGGAAGCAGUCCCCAUCCAGAAGAUCCUUGUGACGGCCAAGAACAUCGACGUGAGGAGCGGGAACGUGAGCGACGCGGUGAGCAGCAUGGCCCUUCGAGACAACGAGGACGCUCCUUCGGGGGCAGGAAAGGCCACGGCAGGAGGGCCUUCUGAGACAUCUCCCGUGGAAGCCAACAUCGCUAGGAGCUCCCGGAGGUCUCGAGGGAGCCAGUGUUUCGAAGAGCAACAAGGAACCACUGCAAAUCCGUCUUUGUCAAAUUCCAACAGGCAGGCGUAUGCGACUAACACUUCCGACGGCGUUUCCUCGACUAAAGCGAACUUGACACGUGUGAAUAAUUCUCACCCAGUGACAAAACAGGCAACAGAAACGCAUUCUUCCGCGCCAGACAAUUCAGUGCAGCCCGCUUUAGCCAAAGACAGCACAGCAGAAAACACCACAGCGAACCUGAACAGAAUGUCAUUUGAGAGACAAACCAAUUCUAAGCAUGAGAAAAAGGCCGCGGACUCCUUUGUUUUGUUAGAUACGAGAGACUUCACGCAACCUUCUCUCACUUACAUUGACGAGUGCAGUGAAAUAAAAGAAAAUGGCAUAGAAACCAAAUUCCAGGGAGAACUUUCGGAAAAUAUGAGUAUCUACGAAAAUCCGACAGAUGACGUGCAGCAACCCGCGGUAACGAACAAAAAUGCUACCAAAUACGAAGCUAUGCAAAAGAGAAAUGGCCAUUCAGGGGCCAGUGUGGAAGACAUUACCGAAACCCAAGGAGGCCACAACGCUUAUCCGGGAAAGUCCACUCCUUCGGAAAGAGCGUCCCUCUUGCCGAAGAUAACGAGAGGAAAAUCCGUAGAAAUCUUUUCCUCGGCAGAGAACAACAGAACCACCGGAGACGCAACGAAGAGGAGAAUCUCGGUGGCUAACUGUGUGAGCGAAGCUAAGAUAAGUCUUACGAACUAUGGCGAAUGUCGUGAAAAUGGCUCAAAGGGCAGAGACGGCGCCGUGAGUGAAGGCUCGGUCACCAAAGCGUCCCAUGUGCUAGCAAGCGACAUUAUUCUCAGGAAGAAAAACCAAGUCUUUGUGUAAUGGCAGGUGACAUUCAUUAAGAAGAGUAAAUAUAUAUAUAUAUUUUUAAAUGACAAUAAAUAAUAGAGACUCGCAGGUUUGCUGUGCAGGUUUGGGAAGCACCAGGAACUUCGGCCUUCCCCAAAGAAAGGAAACAUGGAGAGAGAAAACACUGUGAGCGAAAAAAAUAUAUAUUCUCUUAUUUGCAAAUCAGGUAGUUUUAAACCCUCGAACUUCCUAUGAUAGAUAAAUAGCAAACUACCAACGAAGAAGAGGCUUGAGGUUUCCACAAACUGAGUACACACACACACACACAAACACACAUACACACACACACAUACACACACACACACACACACACACA